AUGCGAAUUAUGAAAGAAGGACCAUUUUUAUUAGAAAUUUCGAAAAUUCUGAACUUUCCAAAGGUUACGGUAACUAAAAAACCUCAAAAUUAUAGCUAUACAACUAUAAAAUUGGCUCCAAAUUCUAAAAAAUUCAUCCCUGAAAUUCUUCACACCUCAAGAAAUGUUUGGAUUCAAAAUUUGAACAGAUCUUCUUCCGCUUUCCGAACAAAAACCAAACAAAAUGUGCAAAACAAAAACUAAACACAUUUGUUUUUUGCUGCACAUUUUUCGAACUCUAAACAUCAUCACAAAGCGAGCAAAAAAGCAGAUUAAUCGUAUCGUAAACGAGAAAAUUUAACCCCGACGGAAAGGAGGAAUUCAAUUAUAAGUGGAAGAAAAAAUGAAGGUCGACACAUAAUUGUCUUUUUUACUGCCUGAUGAAUUGCUGCUCUGACGAUGAGAGCAAGAAAAAUGGAGGGAAAAUGGAAGCUAAUUCAGAAUCACAGUCUUUUCCAUUUUUUUUUUGGAAAAUGAAUGAAUAAACAAACAAACAAACAAAUAUGGAAAUAUUCAAUAGAAGGAAAAAAAAGAGGGCAACAUAAUAGCUAUUACCGGUUUUUCUCUGGCAUAGAGAGGGUCUACUGCUGAAAAGAAACAAUAAUUAUUAUGUAUCUGCCCCGUGGCCCUAGUCUAUUCAAAUAUUAAUAAAAGUGGCCUUGAAAGAAGCGGAAAAAUGUUGCGAAAAAAAAAUUUUUGAAACAAAACUACAAAAUUCUAUAAUAUUUCAGGGCUAUCUUUCGGAAGUUGGCGCAAGUUUGGUGGAUGAAAAAUUGGGUUUGAAUAUUGUGCCACCAACUGGGGUCGUCGAAUUGGCGGCACCUACGUUUUAUUAUGAUCGAUUGGAUCGAGCGAAAGCGCGGACUAAAGAGCGGAUUCAAUCGAGGUAUCCGAAUAUUGGAAGACGGUUUCAUCGAAUUGGAUUGCCCGAAAAGGUUUGUAAAUAGGGGUAUCAUAUGAGGAAGAAGUUGUGUAAUCUUACGGAUUUUUUAGCCAUUUUAUUUUAAGAUAUUUUUAUGAUAGGGGAAAAGUGAAAGGGUAGAUUGAUUCAUGGUUUUUUGAUAGAUUAGGAAUGAAACAACAAUGAUUUGGAACAUUUUCAGAGAGAAAAGAAAUCUAAAAUUGUUUGAAAGGUUUAUGAUUUUUUUUCGAAAGUUUGAAGUUUUCAUAAAAUAAUUUCAAAAUUUAAAAAAAAUGAUCUCCUAAAUUAAAAAAUCAAUAUGUUUUCACGGAAAUCGAACAUUAUUUGAAAAGUUCUCUGAAAAUCAGAAAAAAUCUGUAAAAUUUAUUUAUCAAAGAAUUUUUUCACAAACUAACUUCAUCGAUUUUUUUUUAGAAAAUUUGAACUUUUCAUUAUUUCUGGAACUUACAUUUUUUCAGUUUUCAUAAAAUAAUUUCAAAAUUAUAAAAAAAGACUGAUCUCCUAAAUUAAAAAAUCAAAAUGUUUUCACGGAAAUCGAGAAUUAUUUGAAAAGUUUUCUGAAAAUCAGAAAAAAUCUGUGAAAUUUAAUUAUCAAAGAAUUUUUUCACAAAUUAACUUCAUCAAUAUUUGAACUUUUCAUAAUUUCUGGAACUUCAAAUUUUUUUCAAUUUUCAGACAAUUAUUUCAAAGUUCCACAAAAAAAUUCUGAUCUCCGAGUUAAAUUUUUGUCAUCAAAAAUUUAUCAACUCACCUUAAAAAAUAGUUAGUCUGUGUCUUUCCACUCUAUUUUUAGAUAUCUAAAAAUAAAAUCAUAGUAUACAUAUAUAGUAUAGUAUAUUCUCAAAACCCUAGAAUAAAAACAAAAACAAAACCGCCUUCUCAACAAAAAAACCUCAUGAAUUUUAUUUUUCAACAUAUAUUUCUUAACGUAAAAAAUGAAAAUAAAAAAGACUGUUUUUGUGUGUUCCAAAAGAGAUGAAAUCAAAAUCUAACCUAGCGUAAAAAAUAUUUUUGUAUUGCCAAAAUAAAAGCAAAAAAACGAGAAGCAAAACAACAACAAUAACAAUAAAAAACAUCUUGUUGUCGAUUAGAAUCGAAAUUUAUUUUAUUCUGCCCUUUCUCAAGAGAUUUAUUGUAUUUUAAUGAUAAGUGGAACGAAUGACUUUAGUGACUUUAGUAGUUACUAGGAGACAAAAAUAUGUUUUUUUUUCUUGCAGAAAACAUUUUCAGAUAGGGGGGAGGGAAAUUGAGGUGCCAGUUUGUGCUUUUUCUGCGCAGCUCAUAUGUAGGCGAGCAAAAAAACUCGUCAACAAAAAUAAACAUAUUUUAACGGAGAACGAAAUGAAUCAAAUCAAGAUAAAAAUUCAUGAACAUCUGGUCUUUUAGUUGACAUGGCUCAAGAACCCAAAAGGAAAAUGAGAUGAAUUGUUAAUAGUUUCCCAUUAGUCGAGUCAAGGAAAAUGGGGGAAGAAUUGGAAAAAAAAAGGAUCGGGGGAGCAUGCCAAAAUUAAAAUUAAAAAUAAAUUGUAGACUGGAAGCUUUCAAUUGUUUGUCAAAGGAUAUCAAGACGCUGGACAUUGGUUGCGAACUUGGUCGACGCAACCGGAGACUGCGCCACCGCCAGUCACUCAACGACAAUUUCAGUUGCUUUUUGAGAAAUUGGUCGCUUUGGAUUAUAUUAUCAGAAAUACAGGUGAGAGAUUGGAGUUUUUUUUGGAAAUUUUUGGAAACAAAAAAUAUUGCUCACAUUCAGAAUUUAGAAUUGGGAAAACAAAAAACAAUUCAGAAUUUUGGAACUUUCUGGAUUUUUCUCUCAUUUUCAAAAAUUUUGUUUUGAAGGAUUUUCUCAAAUAUUAAUCUGAAUUUUUUAACUGUACUAGAACGUCAGAGACAUAGGAUACCGAAAACUGGUCUAGAAAUCCGAAAAAAAAUGCUAUACAUCCAAAGGUCUAAAUUUUUGAUCAUCAAUUUUUGGGAUGAAAAUUCCGAAAAAUUUGAAACCCAGUGAAAAUUCGUUAAUUUUCAAGUUAAAGGAACUUUUUGAGGUUUCAUAAUUUUUAGAAUUUUCAAAAAUUUGACAUAAAAGAAGGAUUUUCUCAAAUAUUAAUCUCAAUUUUUGAGUUGUAAACUAGAGGCCUAGAAAUCCGAGAAAAAUGCUAGGCAUUCAAAAUUUUUAUUAUCAAUUUUUCUAAGAUUCAAAUUCUGAGGCUGGCAUAAAAUUUCUAAAAAAAAUGCUAAGCUCCAAUUUUCUAAAAGAUCCUAGACUGAAAAUUCAUUAAUUUUCAAGUUUCAAAUAUUUGUUCUAGAAUUCUAGCUUUUCUCAAAUUUCAGAAUUUUUUCACGGUCAUUUUUUUCUACAAAAAAUUUGUAGUUUUAACUUGAUACAAACCAAAAAAAAGUACCAAUUUCUAGAUCGUGGAAACGACAACUGGUUGAUCAAAUAUACCCAAGCCGAUGUAAUCGACCGUGCACCAAUUCAUCAAAACGAUAUUCCAUGUGACCCAGCAAACGCAAAAAAUGCGGUAGGUCUAAUUUUCUCUACACUAUACCGUAUACCUCUUUCUCACAAUCCCAAAUUUAAUAUUUUAAAGGUACCUGGCGAUGACGAGAAGCUGAUUGAUUUGGUCGACUCGGUGACAAUAUCCGAUGAAUGUGUGAUUCCAGAUGGUGAGUAUGAGGAUUUCAAUGGUCUUUGAUGUUGGGGUCGUUGAUGUCGGCCGGUAUCGACUCCUGAAUCGCUGCUCAUAAAUGAGUAGGCGCGAUCGCGCUCCUCAACAGGAGGAUCGCUCAUUUUUGAGACGAGAUUUUUCUGAAAACAAAAAAGAUUUUUGUGCGACCACCUAAUCAAUCUGGUCAAGAAAAGAUGAAAAAUUGGGAACACGGGAAAAAAGAGAGCCCGCCGGCUGUUACCAACAAAAACAAAAAAUAACUAGUAGAAGUGAAAACACAUAUGAGACGAAAAACAAGACCCGUGGGAGACGGCAGACACUGCUGAAAAGUUCGUCGCCCCUUCGGGCAACGCGCCUCCUCCUCCUUCUCCCAAAUGGGUAAACAAGCUCUCUCUCUCUCUAUAUGAUGUGUUUUGUUUUUUGAGAAUUUUGAAAAAACAACAUACUGUAUUCAGCUGUUGUUGUUGAUUUUUUUCUGAUUGAAUGAUUUGAGCCAGUUUUGGAUCGGGAAAUGAGAAUUGAAGAAGUGAGAUGGGAAUUUUCAAGGUUUUUGGGGAAAUUAUAGGGUUACAAUGUGUAACUUACACACUUGAAGGUCUUGGAAGAAUUUAUUUUUGAAAAAAAAAUCAAAUGGGAAUUUGAUUUUUUUUCAGGAGCAUGGAAAAUUUUCUGCAAAAUUUUCCAGAAUCUGAAUAUUUUUUUAGAACUGUAGCAAAUUUUGGAUCUACUCAAAAUUCGAUGUAGUCUGAGCAAAAAAUAAAUUGUGAUCAUUUGAAAAAUCAUAGUACCUCGGAGGAUUUUUUUCUGGAAGUUUCAAAUCCAAACUACUAUACCUAUGGAUUUGCAAGCCAAUUUACACGGUGUUUUACUGUUGAACUAAUUUUUGAGGAGCUUCUAGAAAAAAAUCCUUUACUAAUUGCUCUUUCAAAUGAGCAUAACUUAUUUUUUGCUCAGACUCCACCUUUAAAAUUUUCAAAAAUAUCAUUGAAAAUCUUUUUUUUUGAAUUUAAUUUGAAAUUUUGUCCUCUGAAAAUUCAAAAAUCUGAAAUUCCUCAACAAAAUCCCUAUAUUUCCAGAUGAGCACGCAAAUUUCGAUCCAGCUCCAACUGAAGUCGAAUGGGCUGAUGUCUCAAUUCCAACCGUCGAAAUUGCAGCCAUCGACAAUGGCUUAGCCUUCCCAUUCAAACAUCCAGAUGAAUGGAGAGCUUGUGAGUUUUUUUCUCUCGAAAAAUGAAUUAAUCAAAUUUUUAUCAGUGAGGUCAAUUGAGUCAUUUUGUUUUUUCCAAAAAAACUGAUAAUCAUUUAUUUAUUAUGUCAACAAUUUAUUGUCGACAUGAAAUUUGACACCACCGAACAAGAGGAACAUUUUGAAAAACACAUCAAAACAACAACUUUUUUUCAUCUGCCAGUCUCAUUUUCCUAUAGUAAACAAAAAACAUUGGGUGUUUCAUUUUAUUUUCAAAACAUGCCAAUCAUCUAUUUCUCUCAUCUCGGAAAAAAUCACAGGGAAAAGAAAGAUUGUUUCAAACAAAAUUCAAAUAUGUUCUCAAAUUUCAGUUUAAUUUUUCGAUACACAAAACUGGAACGUGAAAAAAGUUUUUGUUUUGUAUGUAUGUAAACAAAAAUUUACAACACGUAUUUUGAUUUAUUUUUUUUUCUCCCAAAAAAAGAUUGGAAUGUUGAUGGGUACUGUUAUCAACUGUGUUUAUUUUUUUCUUCCAAAAAAUAUCACUGUUUUUUUUUUCGGGGCGAAACAGAAACAGUGAGAAAAAUAAUAAUCCAAUAACAAUAUUAAUCCGUUUUGGGAAAAAUAAUAAUAAUAAUAAUAAUCUGCGUAUUUUGUUUUGGUCAUUUUUUGGUUUCGGUCAGCAGAAAAAACCAGGGAAAGCAAUAUUUUUUUCACUGAAUGAAGGAAGGGGGUUUUUAGAACACCCUGGAAUCUUACUGGGUGGUCUUAGAGGUUAGACCACCCAUGGUGUUUUGAGAAGUAGAUGAAGCUCAAGGAGAUUCUGGGUGGUCCUGGAGGUUCGGUAAAAUGUUGAGGAUUUAGAUGAACGUUUUUGUUUCAUUUUCCAAGUGAUUUUGAAACAGUAUGGGUGGUCUAUCCAUGAAAAAUUCAAGGACCACCCUAGAAGUCGGAAAAUCCCUAUUCUUACAUUCUACAACACCAAAAAAAAGACCACCCAAGAAGUUUUCUUUAUCUCGUUUUUCCAGACGGUCUGUACAUUUUCAUUUUGAAUUUCAAAAUUCCAAAUUCUCACUUUCACCUUCUUUUUUUUAAAUCGAAAAACCCCACACUAUCAAUCAGAAAAGUGUGAAAUUGAAACAUGUUCUAUCAAACAGGUUCAAAGAACACUUGCAAAAGCCAACCCAAAAAAAGUAAUGUGCUUGUUUUUCACUUGGCGCCCGUCGUGUACUGUAUGCACUUUUUGACAAAUACUAAACGAAAAAAAAACAUCUGGGAACAAAACAUUGUUUUUUUCAUCGUUCUCUCUUUUUUUUUGAAUGAAUGAAUGAAUGGCAAUAACAAAAUACAAAGUUGACUGGCGGCAGGCAGGGGUUUCCCAAAACAAAUAAAUUUGAAAAUAAAAAACAGAUUGUUCUAUUUUUGAGUCGCAACAUUUUUUUUGCAGAUCCAUUUGGUUGGGCGCUUUUACCGCAAGCACGAAUCCCAUUCUCACAAGAAACUGUUGAUCUACUUUUGCCCAAAUUGGAUGACACCAAAUUUGUUCGUGAACUUUGUGAAGAUUUACGAUUGGUCUUCAAAAAUGACAAGGGUUUCGACAAGAAGAUUUUUGAGAAACAAAUGUCGGUGAUGCGAGGACAGAUAUUCAAUUUAAGAGAGGCGUUGAUGAAAAAGAAGAGUCCUUAUGAAUUGAUUCAGGUGAGGCGAGAGGGACACACUGUGUUUACAGGUUGAAGUGCGAAGAAACAAAUGAUCAUAAAAUUUGUUGUUGAUUGUUUUGAAGAACGUUUUAUGAUCAUGAUCGUUAUUGGGUUUUGUUUGAUUUAAAAAACUUGAAACUGAAAAAAAAGGUGAAACUUGGGAUAUUUUGAUUUUUAAACAAAGUUUGGGACCGAAAAAAAGUUCGGAUAGAAUUUUGAAACUUGGUUAAAAAUUCAUUUGAAUUCAGAAUUUUUGUUCAAAACCUAAUUAGCCUGAAAAAUAAAAAAAUUGAUUAAACUUGAUUUUGCAAAAUGUGAUCUACAGUAAUACCACAGUAGUCGAAGAGAUUUAAAAUGUUUUGGACUAAUUCCUAGCAGUAUUUUUAAAAAUAAAAAUCAACCACUUUCUUAUUUUAUCAUUGAAUGACUCUACAGUAUUUCGAGAAAUUUUGGAAUUUUUCGGAAUUUUUAGCUGAAAAUUUUCAUUUCCAAAAAAAUUGUGAUUCUCAAAAAAUGUAACUUUUAUGAAUAUCAUGAAAAAAUUUCAUUUUAAUGUUUUCCCCGACUCUUCCGAUUUUGAACUUUAUUUUUCAAAUCACAGAAUUUUAUUUUUGCAAAAAUUCUACAAAACUUCAGAACCCCCUUCUAUUCACAUUACAAACUUGAUCUUCUCUUCUCCUCUGUUCUUAUUUUUUUCUGAUCUUUUUUUCCAUUUUCAUUACAUCAAAAAAAAAGCCCGCGCUAAUGAACCCAUCCCGGAACUUUUACUUUCUUCUUUUUCCAUCUUACAAAACAACAAAAUGUUUUUUUUCCAGAUGCCUCCUCAAUUAAUGGUCGAAGUGAAGCAAAAGAAAAAACGAUCAAAGAGAUUGAGAAAUUUGGAAUAUGAAGAAGCGCUAACCUAUGAUUGUAAGCAAAUUUCCAAAAAAAAACAUGUCAAGUAUUCUCAAAUUUUCAGCUGAUUCUGUAUUGAACUCUUCAUCAGAGCAACAACCUCGCACCACUCAAGCUACUCCAAUUCAAGAUCAACCUGGACCAUCAACUUCCACAUCACCACCCGAAGUCGCAAGCUCGCCAACAUCUCGCGGCUCAAAAUCGUGGCAAGAAACAUAUCAGCAAAAAGUUCAAACUACGGCACCAUUCUUUAGAUGGUGGUGA